GGGCCUGCCCGCGGUGAGCAGAGCCGGGAGGAAUCUGGACUCGCCAGGCCUGGAGAUGGCGGGGAACUGUUCCUGGGAGGCCCAUCCUGGCAGCCGGAGCAAGACGUGUCCCGACGUGAGUGAGGCCCCGGAGCUCUACAGCCGUGGCUUCCUGACCAUUGAGCAGAUCACCAUGCUACCACCGCCCGCCGUCAUGAACUACAUCUUCCUGCUCCUCUGUCUGUGCGGCCUGGUGGGCAACGGGCUGGUCCUCUGGUUUUUCGGCUUCUCCAUCAAGAGGAGCCCCUUCUCUGUCUACUUCCUGCACCUGGCCGGCGCCGACAUCGGCUACCUCUUCAGCAAGGCUGUGUUCUCCAUCCUGAACACGGGCGGCUUCCUGGGCACAUUCGCUGACUACGUCCGCGCCGUGUCCAGGAUCGUGGGACUCUGCACGUUUGUUGCCGGCGUGAGCCUCCUGCCCGCCGUCAGCUCGGAGCGCUGCCUGUCGGUCAUCUGCCCUGUCUGGUACUGGCGCCGUCGGCCCAAGCGCCUGUCGGCUGUGGUGUGCGCCCUGCUCUGGACCUUGUCGCUCCUGGUCACCAGCAUCCACAACUACUUCUGUGUGUUCCUGGCCCACCGGGCCUCUGGUGGGGCCUGCAGGCCCAUGGACGCCUUCCUGGGCAUCCUGCUUUUCCUUAUCUUCUGCCCACUCAUGGUGCUGCCCUGCCUGGUGCUCAUCCUGCACGUGGAAUGCCGGGCCCGGCGGCGCCAGCGCUCUGCCAAGCUCAACCACGUCAUCCUGGCCAUGGUCUCUGUUUUCCUCGUGUCCUCCAUCUACUUAGGGAUCGACUGGUUCCUCUUUUGGGUCUUCCAGAUCCCAGCCCCCUUCCCUGAGUACGUCACCGACCUAUGCAUCUGCAUCCACAGCAGCGCCAAGCCCGUCGUCUACUUCCUGGCCGGAAGGGACAAGUCACAGCGGCUGUGGGAGCCUCUCAGGGUGGUCUUCCAGCGGGCCCUGCGAGACGGCGCCGAGCUGGGGGAGGCCGGGAGCAGCACGCCCAACACGGUCACCAUGGAGAUGCAGUGCCCCUCAGGGAACGCCUCCUGAGAGGCCAGCACCUGGAGGGUGGCAGGGGCUGUGGCCUCCAGAGACCCUCUGCUGCAGGACAGGAGCUGGGCAGCUGCCCCGGUGCCCAAGUGCAAGGAGGAAAGUCUGCUUCCCGCCCCUCACGCUUCCUUCUCCGUGGG